GUCGGUGGAACAGCGCCCGGAGAGCGCACCGAGCACCACAAGGUGUUGACACGGGGUUAACCCUUCCCGGCUCCUGCCUUUCAGCCCGAGCCCAGCUAGAGGCGGAUUUUUGAAAUUCAGAUGAGGGAGGCGUAAAUAUUUUAUUUGGGGAAAUGGUUUUUUCGCGUGCCUUCGUGUGAGCCGCUCUCUGUGCGAUGUAAGGCUGCGUUGAAAUUCACCUAGCUGGGCAGAUUUCGUGGCAGUUUUUCGACAGGGUUUGCAAUUAGCUGAGCUCUCGUUUGGGCCAGCCCUGCUCCGAAAAAGCGCCGGUUUGUACCUGUAAGGCUGGGCAGAGUGUACAAUGGCACAUCUCCUGUCUUGUGCAAAUACACGCUGCGAAAGGAGAGCAGCCUGUAGCUGGGAAAAGGCAGCGUGCUGAAAAAGCAUCACUUGGGUCUUUAAUAUAGACAUUCUUACUCAAAACUGCCUCAAAAGGUGCAGAAGAGAUCACGCGUUGUUUUUUCCUUGAUAGAUGGGAAGAUAAUCCAACUUUUAUUUUUUUGUACUCAUCUCCCAUGUGUAACCUUCAAGUAGUGCUCAUAGUUGGAGAAAGAAGAAUGGUAGCGAUUCGAAGAAGUCUCUUUUAAUUUCUUUUUUUUUUUUUUUAAUUUUGGACCUAAGAUGCGUUUGUUUUAAAGUUUUGAAGUGUUCAGCUUCUUUCUUCUAUUUUCUUCAGAGACGUUCACAGUAAAGAAGAGGUCACGGAGUUGAUGCGGAGCUGCUGGGAGCCGGGAUCUGCCCGGAGCACGAUGCCCUGCCCUGCCCCUGGCCUUGGCAAGCUGUGAGCUGCUCAUGUCCAUAAGGAGGAAGGAUGGCUCAUGGAAUUCCUUCACAAGGCAAAGUUACCAUAACGGUGGAUGAGUACAGCUCCAACCCAACGCAGGCGUUCACGCACUACAACAUCAACCAGAGCCGCUUCCAGCCUCCCCACGUGCACAUGGUCGACCCCAUCCCAUAUGACACUCCAAAGCCAGCGGGCCACACGCGCUUUGUCUGCGUCUCAGACACGCACUCCAGAACAGAUGGCAUCCAGAUGCCCUACGGGGACAUCCUGCUCCACACGGGUGACUUCACCGAGCUGGGACUGCCCUCCGAGGUUAAGAAGUUUAAUGACUGGUUAGGAAACCUACCAUAUGAAUAUAAAAUAGUGAUUGCUGGGAAUCAUGAACUGACAUUUGAUAAGGAAUUCAUGGCAGACCUUGUUAAACAAGAUUACUACCGCUUUCCCUCUGUGUCCAAAUUGAAACCAGAGGACUUUGACAAUGUUCAGUCACUCCUGACAAAUAGUAUUUACUUACAAGAUUCAGAGGUAACAGUUAAAGGAUUCCGAAUAUAUGGUGCCCCGUGGACACCAUGGUUUAAUGGAUGGGGCUUUAAUCUACCCAGAGGUCAGUCUUUGCUAGACAAGUGGAACCUUAUUCCCGAGGGAAUUGAUAUACUAAUGACACAUGGACCUCCCCUUGGUUUCCGAGACUGGGUUCCCAAGGAGCUGCAGAGAGUGGGCUGUGUGGAGCUGCUGAACACAGUGCAGAGGAGAGUCAGGCCCAAGCUGCAUGUCUUUGGUGGGAUUCAUGAAGGUUAUGGCAUCAUGACAGAUGGCUACACCACCUACAUCAACGCCUCCACGUGCACAGUCAGCUUCCAGCCCACCAACCCUCCCAUCAUCUUCGACCUUCCCACCCCUCAAGGAUCCUGAAGCACUACUGGGGAAGGUCUAUAAACUGCCAUUUUCUAAUUAAAAACUUACCUUCAUGUUUAUUUCAAAAUAGGGGCUAGGGGGGAUUUUGGGGGAGCCGU